CCGUCCAGUGCAGAGGCUUUUUGCCCUCUGCUCCUGGGUCCCUCAGGCAGCCACUCUCGUGGGCACACGCCCGGGAACUGCUUCUGCCCCGCACUCCCUCCCUCUGCCUUUCACUUCCCAGCUGCCAAGAUCUUGGAAGCUUUGAAGCGCAGCAAAGAAGGGAAAUCCAUUGAGAACAGUCUGUAAAGUUCUAGAGGCUGGGAACUCCAAGAUCAAGACGCUGGCAGAUUCAUUGUCUGGUUAAAGGAACUGGCAGUGCUGGAAAUGGCAGUGCUCUGUGGCACCAAAGCCAGUGCCCUGCAGGGACCUACUCCAUAGUGACUUGGGAUUAGAUGAAGACACCAGGACACCAGGAUCUCUGGCUAGAAGGUAUCCCAGGACUGCCUGCUUGCCAAGACCCUCUGUAAAACUCCAUGCACCCUGCUGUUGAGCGCUCUGAGGAGGUAACAGUAUUCAGAAAGUCUAGAGAAACUGGAUUGGUGGACACUGAGCCCUCCUCAGGUGACCACAGUUUAAUAAGGAUUGUCCAAACAAAUGUAAGGAGUGAGUGAACCAUUCUGUGAAAGAACCAGAGGCUACCGCUGAGAAGCCCGGAGCCCUGUGUGUGAAUUCAAACCGUGAGGAAAUGUCAUUCAGAUUCGGCCAACAUCUCAUCAAGCCCUCUGUGGUGUUUCUCAAAACAGAACUGUCCUUCGCCCUGGUGAACAGGAAACCUGUGGUACCUGGACAUGUCCUCGUGUGUCCCCUCCGGCCAGUGGAGCGCUUCCGAGACCUGCAUCCCAAUGAAGUGGCCGACCUGUUCCUGGCAGCACAGAGAGUCGGGACGGCAGUGGAAAAGCAUUUCCAGGGCACCUCUCUCACCUUUUCCGUGCAGGAUGGCCCCGAAGCCGGACAAACUGUGAAGCAUGUUCACAUCCACGUUCUCCCAAGGAAGGCUGGAGACUUUCGCAGGAAUGACAGCAUCUACGAUGAGCUCCAGAAACAUGACAAAGAGAAGGAGGACUCCCCAGCCUUGUGGAGAUCGGAGGAGGAGAUGGCAGCCGAAGCCGCGGCGCUGCGGGGCUACUUUCAGUGACGCAGGCACCAAAGGAACUCAAACAAGUCCCAAGGCAUAAGGAAAUGGGGCUCGUGCUUUAGGACCCUGCGGCACUGAAACUGAAGCUAAGCAGAUUUUAUUACAUCCUACAAUUCGACAACCUUUUGCAAAGCAUCUUAUUAUGCUUGUGGAAGCAAUCGGGGUUAUGUUUCAAUCGCAAUGACUGACAGGCUGCCUUCAAAACAACGGCACCCGUGGCCCUUCCACACUUCCUUGGCUAUGUACUUAGAAUAGAACCUUUUCUAAGUUGCCCCUUGGCCUGGAUGGAAAUAAAAUGAUAGUUAAAAUAUUUAGCUUGCAUGUUGGCUAACUUAAAAAUUGACAUUUGGGGUCCUCUGAAAGGCACGACUGAGGAUAGAUCAAAUCUCCUGUGCUUCCUGUAAACCAAAGGUUUGUUAAGGCUGAGAGAAGAUUUACAGAGUUUCCUUCGUGGUAGGUGAGAUAAUAGAGUAAGAAAUGUCCACCUUUUCCUCGGUUAUAUUCUCCUCCUGCCUUCGGUGCAGAGAGGCAGAUCUGAAGGAGCUUAAGAUGGCAAAAUUAGCUUCAGGAAACUAAUAAACAUGUAAUAUGCUGGCUAGACACCGUUCUGGGCUGCUGGAGUGGUAGGAAUGUAAGGAAAAGAAUGGGGCAGCUCUCAAAAUUGGUUGAGGAAACAUGCCCCUUGCCCGUAAGGGUCAAUUUCUUUAAGGAAGGAUGACAGAAGUAGGCUCUUUCUUUCCUCUAGUAGAUUAAUAAAACAGGGGAUUCGAGUUUAUAGAGGAAAAAGUAAAACACGCCAAGAGCACUGCUACAAAGAGCCCAGAGCAGGACUUUUCCUUUUCACGAAAAGCCUCCUUGAGAAUCUCUUUUGGCUUACGGGCUACUCCCUGACCCCAGCACCAUCUCCAGCAUAUGGUGUGUUAGUUUCCUGUAACAAAUCACCACAAACUAGGUAGCUUAAAACAACAGAAAUGUGUCCUCUCCCGCUUCUGGAGGCCAGACGUCCACAAUCCUGCCAGGCUGGGCUCCCUGCAGAGGCUCUGGGGGGCUCUCUCCUCGCUGCUGGUGGCUACUGGCAGUCCUGGAGUUCCUUAGCCUCACCCUAAUCUCGGCCUCUCUCUUCACACUCCUCCUUUUCUCUCUGUGUGUCUCUCCUCUGUGCAUCCCUUACAAGGACACUUGUUAUUGGAUUUAGGGCCCAAUCAGAUAAUCCACAUCCAAGAUACCAUUUACAGAUUCUAGGGGUUUGACGUGGACAUAGCUUUUACGGAGGGGCCACCAUUCAACCCACUGCUUUGACUGUUUUUCCGAUACAGGAUAUGCCAGCAGACUGAGCGUGACUGAACUGCAUCUGGUUUCCAGUCUUCUUGUGUGUCCUUGCCAAAGCCUGAAUUAUUCAUUGUUUGCAAUGCCUUCUUGAGACCCUUCCGGUUCCCAAGGCUAGCUGAAAGUAAAAAGCACUGCAAUCUGAACUGGAUGUGUUCAGAAGAUAAAAUGCCAGUGAGGGAAGAUGGCAAAUACUGGUAAUUCCCCCCAGCUCAAGGGUUGCCGAUUUACGGUCCAAAGAAGAGCCCUAAAAAUACCAAUUUCUUUUUAUCCCCAGCAGGUCAAAGACUGAUUCCAGCUCAGUUUCAAUAGCAAAUGUCACCAGAAGCCCUGGCCCCUGCCUUCAGGGCUAAUUCCGCAUUUCACUCAUUGGCUUUUGGUCAAAGAAGUAAAUAAACAGUCACUGAUGAGACAGCUGAGUCAUACUGGAAGCCUACUUGCAGUUUUGUUUCCCGUUGUGCAGUUAAAACCCUACAGGAGCCUCAUUUCUGCCUGUCCUCCCAUGGAUCUCCUCAGUUCAGUGUCCUCCUGUAACCCUGCCACGGUUGGGAGGCUGUGGAGGCCCCGGGUGAGAAGGGCAGCCCUCAAGCUUGACCUCCAAGCCAGCCCCAGGAGCCCAAGCUUAGCUGGAAGGCACAAUAACCCAACAGGGACUGUUUACAGUGCCUUUUAAGAGGUGUUUCAAGAACUAACAAAGCCUACCGAUACUAAUAGGGAAAAACCGACUAUGACUCUCCAAAAGGCAAUGGAGAACAAUGCUUAGGUCAGAACAGUGUCCCUGGCGGUAGCCUUCUUUUUCUCUCUGAUUUCUUCUUGGGCACAAACACCCACUAGGCUGCUGCUGUUUUGCUCAAGAGCUAGAGAGUUGCUCGUUUUACAGUAAACAGUGGAUCACUGCGUGUGUGUAUGGGGUCCAUUUCCAGUGCUGUGCUUGUCAGUGCGGCAGGCACUCUCUAUGUUGACAGCAUUCCAAAGGAAGGCAUCUUCUGAUGACCCCUGAGUACUCACUUUCCAAAGUCUAAGCCCAUUCCUUAUCUUUACUGUUCCACCUGCCAUCAAAAUCCAAAAGGUGGGGCUUCCCUGGUGGUGCAGUGGUUGGGAGUCCGCCUGCCGAUGCAGGGGACACGGGUUCGUGUCCCGGUCCGGGAAGAUCCCACAUGCCGUGGAACGGCUGGGCCCGUGAGCCAUGGCCGCUGAGCCUGCGUGUCCAGAGCCUGUGCUCUGCAACGGGAGAGGCCGCAACAGUGAGAGGCCCGCAUACCACAAAAAAAGAAAAAAAAACGUCCAAAAGGUGGAAGAGAAUGAUACUCUGUUUUUGGCAAGGAGCCUGAAAGGACCUUUCCCCAUGAUUGUCUUUACCACAGCUGACCCCAAACUAUAGAAGAAUACUUCUCGGACCCCAUCAGUUCUUUCAGAUGGUAAGAAGGAGCUGUGUGUCUCAUUGAAUGAACAUAAACCUCUCCCGUCCAUCCUUCUCUGUGUCCAAGCUUGCAACCAAGGUCUGGGCAAGAACUUACUUUUUCCGAUGGUCUGUAUUUGUUGGGUGUGCUUGCACGACUUACUGGUGAAAGAAGGAAACUAACUUUUGGUGUGUAUUUAUUGUAGAUAUAUUUGCAGAGGCUAUUUAAUCCAAACAAGAUCCCUAUAGAAUAUAGAUGCAAAUUUAGGCUCAGAAAGGUUAGGUAACUUGCUCAGGGUCACAAAGUUGAUAGUAGGUGGG